CCCCGCACUGCAUAGACGCCUUGAAUUUGCAAUAUCCCACCUUUGCCCACAUCUUCUACUCUGAACAACAAUUGUAAAGACACGCAAACACUACAUCCAUACGACUUUUCUCUGAAAUUUUAUAAUGGAAGCUCAACAUGGACACAGCGCAGCUUGCUGCAAUAUCCCACCCAUUGUAUCCAAGGGAUAUGAACACAAGGGAAAAUAUGAGACCAUUGGUGGUCUAAACACUUGUAAGUAUUCCCAUCGGUCUGAUCUCCAAACAUAUCUACUACUCUCUACAUUGGAGCCCUCUCUCUAGGAAGGAAACUGUUCUUAUCUUACUCCUCCUUCAUAUCUCAACUCCAGCUAACCCAUCCAAAGAUGUCACCGGUCCCGCAGAUGCAAAGAAAGCCAUCUUCAUGAUCUUUGACAUCUUCGGUUUCUAUCCCCAGACCGUUCAAGGUGCUGAUAUCCUCGCCAACUCAGACGAGCAUAAUAAAUAUCUCGUCUUUAUGCCAGAUAUUACUGAGGGAAACCCCGCUGAUAUUAGUUGGUAUCCACCUGAUAAUGAAGAGAAGCAGAAGAAGCUAGGAAACUUCUUUCAGACGACGGGAUUGCCUCCAAAGUGUGCGGAAAGAGUCCCCGGUUUGGUAAAGGCGAUUGGGGAGAAGUAUACUUCGAUUGAGAAGUGGGGUAUGCUUGGGGUGAGUUUUUUUUCUACUUGCUAGGUAGGAAUUGAGUUGAUCAUGAAGAGGAAUGGAGAUAGAAGUCUGUGGUUCGAGAAUAUGGGCUAAUACUUGUGAUAAAUAGUUCUGUUGGGGAGGUAAAAUCGUCUCCCUCACUAUCUCUGCUCCUUCCAACCCGUUCGUUGUGGCUGCAGAGUGCCACCCAGCUAUGGUUGAUGCAAAUGAUGCGGCGCAUAUUAAAAUUCCGUUUAUUCUGCUAGCAUCGAAGGAUGAAGAUGCAGAAGAGGUGAAGAAGUUUGAGGCUAAUCUCACGGGAGAGAAAUAUGUUGAGACCUUUAAUGACCAAAUUCAUGGGUAUGUUUGUCCUGAUAUUUUCGUGAAGCCUUGAGGUGUGUAGGAAGUCCACUUUACUGAUUUUAAAAUGUAGAUUCAUGGCCGCACGAUCGAAUCUUGAAGACGAGAGAGUCAAGAGCGAGUAUGAGAGAGGUUAUAAGACGCUUAUUGAGUUCUUUGGGAAACAAUUCAAGUAGGAGCUUUCUUUUGCUUUUUCUGGGUGGUUGGGUGAAUCGAGAAUGGUCGCUGAGGUGGUGUAGUGUCUAUAAAAGUGGCGUGGCAAGAUUGUAAGAGGAGUUCGGUCAACAUUCAUUUUCAUAAUGCAUUUUGCCGUUGCAACACACCGGGCAUCUUGUAACCGUCAUAUUAUUUGGAGACUUUGCUUCACGUCAGUUAAGUUUCGCUGCUAGAAUAUCUGAAUGUUGAGCUCAUGGAGAUUUGAUUC